AUGGUGAAUUGGAAGGAAACCGCAGCCACCGAUCGGCUCAUUGCAGCACUUGUAGCAGCACAUCCAUCUCUCAAACUUGAGUACCAAGCGAUGGCCCUCAUGUUCGGUCAGGGGGCAACAUACGACGCAAUUGAAGGCCGCUUCCGCCGCUACCGUCGCAUGGCUGAGGAGCUGAAGGAAGAGGCCCAGGCACGCGGGAUCACUGACCUCCCUCGUGGCCGAAAUGGAGGGGGGGUUUCCGGAUCUGUUCCUUCAACGCCUCGGGGACCUCGUACUCCGCGUGGUCCACGAAGUGGAAUCAGCAAGUCAACGCCACGAUCUUCGACGGGAAAAGGCAAGAUGAUGGCUAUGGCUCUCGAUAAGUUAAACAUGACUCCCACGAAAAGCAGCCGGGGUGAUACUCUCCUGGACGCGAUUUGUCUCGACGAUGGAGACAACGAUAUCGGCGUUUGCAAGAGAGAGGAAAUCGACCUUGACGCAGACUCGGAACCGACUACGGCCCAGGUCAAGCGGGAGGCCAUUGAGGCAGCAUCGUUAGUGACAAUCACGGGGAACAGGCCCGUACAGCCUAACCAGCAGGCGGGAACUGACAUCCCAAUGGCAAGCUUCUCGAGCACGUUUGCAACGAGGCGGCAGCUGUCGCAGCGGGUGGACAGUCGGUCGAACGGUUAUAUUGGCGUGAAGAAUAACGACAGCACCACCCACAUGCACACCAAUACCGCAGCUUCAAGUGUUUCAUCAUAUCCAUCACCUCCAUCCUCAACGUCCUUGCAUUAUUCCAGCAGCAUACUCGAUGGUGGCGUUGAUCUGGUGGGGACCGGACAUGGAGAUCUGGCGGUGAACCAUGUUGAGGUUCAUCAUGGCCAUCCCCAUCAUCCUUCAGGGAACGCAUUCGACAUGCAGGGCAUCGAAAGCAUGUAUUUCUCCCAGGAUGCAGCCUAUGACAUGGAUGAUAUCUAUGGGGGUGCUGCUUGA